AUGAGGUGGCUGUCGUCCCUGUCGGCCCUCUGGCUGGCCGCGAGCGUCAGAGGCGCCGUAAGCCACGACGACGAUGGCAAUGUGCGAAGCAUUGCUCUGCGAACGCACACCCUUCAACAGCCAUACCUGGACUCGGAUAUGGCCAGUCGGUGGUAUGACUUUGGAGGCGACACCAUUGUCCGGACCGACUCAUACAUCCGCUUGACGUCAGACCGACCUUCGCAAAAUGGCUGGCUAUUCUCCCGCGUCCCGCUGACGGCGACCAACUGGGAAAUCGAGGUCGAGUUCAAGAUCCACGGCAAGAACCAGCUGUACGGCGACGGCUUCGCCAUGUGGCUUACGAAAGAGCGCGGGAAGCAAGGAAACGUCUUCGGGCACUCGGACAACUUUGAAGGCCUCGGCCUCUUUGUCGACACGUACAAGAACAACCGUCCCGGCGUCGUCUUCCCUUACGUCAUGGCCAUGUACGGCGACGGCAAGACGUCCUACAACAAGAACACGGACGGGAAGGACACCGAGUUCGCCGGCUGCUCCGCUCGUGGCAUCCGCCACGCCAGCGUGCCCACCAAGCUCCGGCUGACCUACUUCCAGGACAAGUCCCUGAAGCUGGAGCUCCAGUACAAGUCCGAGGACGAGUGGGCCCUCUGCUUCGAGACGAGCGAGCCCCCGCAGAUCCCCUCUGUGACCUACCUCGGCUUCAGCGCCGAGACGGGCGAGCUGAGCGACAACCACGACAUCAUCUCGGUCAAGGCAAAGAACCUCUACACCUCGGGCGGCCAAGCCGGCAAGUCCUCGCCAGGUGGCGGUCGCAAGAACAGGAACCAGCCACCCAACAAGAGCGGCGGCUGGGGAUGGUUCCUGAUCAAGUUCCUCCUGUUCGGUAUGGUCGUUGGCGGUGGCUACGUUGGCUACACGGCUUACAGGUCCAGCAAGAGGAGAACACACCGUUUCUAA